ACCGGACGAUCGACUGUCUAGUCUAUCGACAGAGAGCAAAGACGCGCGCUGAGCUCGAGCUAGCUAGCUGGGCAGCUACGGCACACUAUAGUACAUGUACAUUUCAUAUGUACUAGCUCCAUCCACAUUGUUAGAUUUCUGGACUCGCGUGACAGGUCUUGCAGGUAAAAAAAAACAGUGAAGGGCAAAAUGUAGCAAAAAUGACAUGGUUAUAACACGAUCCCUGGCACAGAACUGUGACCGUGAUAAUGAUAAUUUCUCUUUGUCGAUGUGAACUAGCCGUGGGCAGCCAACCAUAUGUGAUGUAAAAAAAAAAGGAGCAUUAAGAGGAAGCUCAACAAAGAAUCAAAUCAAGCCAUUUUUUUUUAUCCUGACAAGUGUCGUGGAAAGGAAGGGAAGGCGAGAAGACAGGAAAUAAAGCUCGGGGGUUUGAGGGCUAUCUGCCAUCAGAGGUGGCUUGCUGUGACUGUGCUGAGCCCCAGCCUGAGUUUGGCAUUUCCACCGACCGACGGGAGGGAUGGGGCCCCACUGAUGACGCACUUGCCCUCUCCACGCUGGCUCAGAAUAUUCACAUCCCAGCCAGCAACAGCUGAGCAUAUGUACGGACAGGAGGCACACACGUACAGGCACACAUUCACUCACCGGGCAGAAGGGGGGCUGCGCCAGGAAAAUACAGACGGGCCCUCAACCAUCUGCUUAUGAAUGCGGCCGGAGAUGCGGGGAGUACAUAUUACACGUACAUUUCAGAAGCAUAUUGGGGCAUCAUGGUGUGGCCUCCGACCAUGAGAUCUGCGUUUGUGGCCAGGAAUCUCCUCCCCUCCGAGGAUGUUUUUAGGACUUGCUUUCAGUGAGAACAAAACAACAGCAGCUGUGAUUCCUGUGAUGGCAGCCGUCGAGGGAAAGCCUCAGCAAGAACUUUGACGAACUGCAUCGCAGCCAACCAGCUGUCCGUGAAAAAAAUUAGAAAAUUUAAAGGUUUUUUUUUUUAAGCAUUUGUCGGAUACCAAUUACAAGGUAAACAGCUGCCAAGAUGUCAUCGGUUAAAGUAGCAGUUCGUGUCCGUCCAUUCAACUCGCGAGAGAUUUCCCGAAGUGCUGAAUGUGUCAUCAGCAUGUCAGGAAAAACAACAACUAUCUCAAAUCCCAAAGCACAGAACAAGGAACAACCAAAGAGCUUCACCUUUGACCAUUCCUAUUGGUCACACACAACACCUGAUGACCCGAACUAUGCCUCUCAGAGACAGGUGUACGAUGACCUGGGCCAGGAGAUGCUUACCCAUGCAUUUGAGGGGUACAAUGUAUGCAUAUUUGCCUACGGGCAGACAGGGUCCGGCAAGUCGUACACCAUGAUGGGCAAACAGGAAGCAUCGCAGGAGGGCAUCAUCCCCUUGCUGUGCAAGGAGCUGUUUGACCGGGUCAGCAGCCACCCCGAGGCCAACACGCAGUACUCGGUGGAGGUCAGCUACAUGGAGAUCUACUGCGAGAGGGUCCGGGACCUGCUCAACCCCAAGAACAACAAGAACCUACGGGUGCGGGAGCACCCACUGCUGGGGCCCUACGUGGAGGACUUGUCCAAGCUGGCCGUCAUGUCGUUCAAUGACAUCUCUGACCUGAUGGACGAGGGGAACAAGGCCAGGACGGUGGCCUCCACCAACAUGAACGAGACCAGUAGUCGCUCCCACGCCGUCUUCACCAUCGUCUUCACUCAGAAGCGGCACGACCUGGAGACGGACCUCUUCACGGAGAAGGUCAGCAAGCUCAGCCUGGUUGACCUGGCAGGAAGUGAAAGGGCCGAUUCGACGGGAGCCAAAGGGGUCAGGUUAAAGGAGGGAGCUAAUAUCAACAAAUCGCUGACUACACUGGGCAAGGUCAUAUCAGCAUUAGCAGAAGUGUCUCAAAUGCAAGCAUCCCAGGCCAGCAAGAAGAAGAAGAAAGCUGAUUUCAUUCCAUACAGAGACUCAGUACUCACCUGGUUACUCAGAGAAAACCUGGGUGGCAACUCCAAGACGGCCAUGAUAGCCGCACUCAGCCCAGCCGAUAUCAACUACGACGAGACACUCAGUACACUCAGGUACGCAGACCGGGCCAAGAACAUCGUCUGCAAGGCAGUCGUCAACGAAGACCCCAACGCCAAGUUGAUCCGUGAGCUGAAGGAGGAGGUGCAGCGGCUGCGGGAGCUGCUGAUUGCCGAAGGCAUCCACAUUGACUCGCUGCACUCGGGCAGCACGGAGGGCAGCGGACAGCAGCAACGGAUCAUCCCCGUGCAGCCCAUGAAGGAGGAUGCCCUGGACCGGCUGAAGGAGUCAGAAAAGCUGAUUGCAGAACUGAAUGAAACGUGGGAAGAAAAGCUGAAGAAGACAGAAGCCAUUAGACUACAAAGGGAGGAGAUGCUGGCGGAGAUGGGCGUGGCCAUCAGGGAGGAUGGUAACACGGUGGGCGUAUUCUCUCCCAAGAAGACCCCUCACCUGGUCAACCUGAACGAGGAUCCUUUCAUGUCGGAGUGUCUUAUAUACUACAUCAAGGAAGGCAUCACAAGAGUGGGACGUUCAGAUGCCAAUAUCACCCAGGACAUCCAACUCAAAGGCUCACACAUACAGGAAGAGCACUGCCUGUUCACCAACGAGGACUCCCAAGUCAAGAUCGUUCCGUUUGAGGGCAGCAUGUGCUAUGUCAAUGGGAAGAAAGUCUCGAAUCCGUUACUACUCCGCUCAGGCUGUCGGGUGAUACUGGGCAAGUACCACGUGUUCCGCUACAACCACCCGGAGCUGGCCAGGCAGGAGAGGGAGAAGACGCCCCAGGUUGAGGCCACUUCAGCUGGCGAGAAGGAACCGGUGGAUUGGGCCUUCGCCCAGAAUGAGCUAUUGCAGAAGCAGGGGAUCGACAUCAAGGAUGAGAUGGAGAGAAGGUUGCUAGCCAUGGAACUGCAGUACAAGAAAGAGAAGGAAGAGGCUGACCAGCUUUUAGAGCAACAGAGACUGGAUUACGAGAGCAAGCUGCAGGCGCUCCAGCGCCAAGUGGAGGAGCAGUCCCUCCUGUCGGGCAACACCACGCCAGGCGACCUGAGCGGCGAGGACGACGACAACCUGGAAAGUCAUCAAUGGACACCAAGGGAAUACGCUUUGGCGAGCUGGGUGGUCAGAAAGUGGCGUUACUACCGUUUCACUUCAAUCAGGGAUGAUCUAUGGGGCAAUGCUAUCUUCCUAAAGGAGGCCAAUGCUAUAAGCGUGGAACUCAAGAAAAAGGUGGAAUUCCAGUUUGUCUUGCUGACGGACACCAUCUACUCCCCGCUGUCGCCCGACCUCCUGUCCAGCGCGGACAAUGCCGACAUCUUGGAGCGUCCCUUCCCUCGCACCGUGGUGGCUGUGGAGGUUACGGACAAGAAGAAUGGUGCCGUCCACUACUGGUCCCUGGAAAAGCUCAGGAAACGCCUUGAAUUGAUGCGCGAGAUGUACGACAAUGCCGCCGAUGCCACGCCCACAACACCCGAAUCACUGGGCUUUGAGAACAGUGCUGUGACCUGCCGGGACCCCUUCUACGAUAGGUUCCCGUGGUUCCGACUGGUUGGAAGAGCUUUUGUGUACCUGAGCAACCUCUUGUACCCGGUUCCCUUGGUCCACCGUGUGGCUAUCGUCAAUGAGAAGGGAGAUGUGCAGGGCUACCUGCGCAUCGCUGUGCAGCACGUUGCACCCGACGAAGAGGCGCCAGACUAUGGAUCAGGCGUGCGCCAGUCUGGGACGGCCAAGAUAGCCUUUGAUGAUGACGAGUAUUUCCAGCGAAAGUUCAAACGUAGCCCAACUAAUCUGAGCCAGUCAGUGAUCUCAGAGGACGAGGUCAGGAUUGUAGAGGGACAGCGAGAGAACUCCGACCUCGAUAUCAUUGAGAAGCAGGACAUUGAGGCCAUGAGCACCACGGAGAGCAUGACGUCCAUAUCAACUUCACUAGACGUUCCCGAGAAUGAUUCCCUCAAGCUGGGGUUGACGUUCACGUUCCGCGUCACCGUGCUACAAGCUUCGGGGAUAUCCUCCGAAUACUCUGACAUAUUCUGUCAAUUUAACCUGCUUCAUGGGCGCGAGGCCUUUGUCACUCAACCCGUGCAGAACAAGGUUCAGGGGGGCGGAGCCCCCCUGGGUUUUUACUUUGUGCAGAAUAUUUCAGUGACGGUGACCAAGGCCUUUCUUGACUAUGUCCGCACCUCGCCCAUCGUCUUUGAGGUCUUUGGCCAUUACCAGGCCCACCCGCUGCACCACCAGAGCCAGGAAACAACCAGAUUGCGACCAUUGAAGCGGAACUUCCCUGCCAGCCUUCCUCUUGCCAGACCAGUUCCAUCCCCUAAGCUUGGCCUUGUCAGCACGCCGAGUACCAGUCAUCUCCACUCACGCCACGACCUGCUUGUGUUCUUCGAGAUCUGUGAAUUGGCACCAUCUGGAGAGUACUUGCCAGCGGUUGUCGACCACAGCGACGAGUUGCCGUGCAGCGGGGUGUACCUCCUACACCAGGGGAUCCAGCGGCGCAUGGCCAUCACCGUCAUCCACGAGUCCACCAACGAACUCCUCUGGAGAGACGUCAGGGAGUUGGUAGUCGGCCGUAUCCGGACAACCCUAGAGGUGACAGAGCCAGACCAUGAGCUGUCGGUUCUGUCGCUCAACCUGCUGCCCGCGAUGUACAUACAACAGCCAGGAGAUGACAGGACUUGUUUCCGUUUUGAAGCCGCAUGGGACUCCUCCCUCCACAACUCGGUGUUGCUAAACAGAGUGACUCCCUACGGUGAGAGGGUCUACCUUACGCUCUCUGCUUACCUGGAGGUAAGUAGACACAUGCUUGACAAUUGCACCCAGUCGGCCUGCAUCACCAAAGACAUCUGCCUUCAGAUGUACGAGCGCGACGCUCGCAUCAGCCCCGCCCGCUCCCUACGCACCCUGUUCGGUAGCAGCUACUACAAAGCCUCAGACAGCCGGGUGACUGGUGUGUACGAACUGUCGCUACGUCGGUCUGCAGAAGCACUCAGCCCAGCAGGGCUAUCUUUCAGUCAAUAUGACCUGAGAGACCUCCUGGAAUCGACUUCACCUGGGGCCAACACCCCCCAGACUAGUGGCACACAACGUCGCCUGCGCAGGGUGAUUGACACCUCGGGCACCUAUGUCCGAGGGGAGGAGAACCUACAAGGCUGGCGCCCGCGGGCCGACUCGCUGCUGCUGGACCAUCAGUGGGAACUGGAGAAACUCAGCCGACUGGAAGAGGUUGAGAAGGCGCGUCAUAACCUCCUGCUGAGGGAUAAGAUCCAGCAGGAGCUGGUGAACACACGGGGCGACGGCCUGCCCAAGUCAGAGACAGACACCUCGCUAGACAGCACCCUUUCCAACGACAGCACGGACCGGGACUAUGAGCUGCUGGACCGCUGUGUCAAACUGAUGAUGCGCAACCAGCCCCCGGUGCUGUCUCCGCCCCCAUUUAAGACUUCUGAGCCACCCACUGUCACCUUGCAGACACCUGAUGACCGCAACGAGGCCAACGCAUCCACCGCAGCCGCCACCGGCACUGCUGGGGUGACCAGCAGCCAGGGUCAAGAGGUUACAACCCCGGACGAGCCCAUGCCCUCCUCCAGCUCCAUGCAGGACCUGCAACUACUGGGCCCCGGGACCCGCAAGCUACAGGUGCCCACCGAUCUGCCGGGGAUACAGGGACAGGAGGCGGCGGCGGCCACCGCGGGAGAUGCCGGCAAGUUGAAGAAAGGAAGCAAGGGGAUGUUUGUGCCAGAAGUGGAAGAAAUCCGUGUCAGUCCUGUUGUGUCAAGGAGAGGCUACCUGAACUUCCUCGAGGAGAAGACAGCAGGCUGGGUGAUGCGCUACGUGGUCGUCCGCCGCCCGUACGUCUUCAUCUACGACAGCGACAAAGACCCCAUUGAGAGAAGCUUGAUCAACCUUGCCACGGCACAGAUAGAGUACAGCGAAGACCAGCAGGCUAUGCUGAGGACUCCAAACACGUUCUCAGUCAUCACAAAGUAUCGUGGCUUCCUCUUGCAAACCAUCGGCGACAAGGACGUCUUCGAUUGGCUGUAUGCUUUCAACCCACUCCUGGCCGGCUCAAUCAGAUCCAAGCUCUCUCGCCGCUUGGCCACCCAGCUCAAAGUGUGAGGAUGCAGUUGAUUGGAUGUUUGCACUUGGUCUACUUCAGGCUUGUCCAAUCCAAUCAAAAGGUCUGUUGUCAACUGGCAGCCUUGUCCAAGGUCUGCCCAACUGAAAAUGUUGCCAAAUUCAGAAUCGUAGUUUAACCCGUAGAGCAUAGAGGUACCAUAACCCCUACAACAAUUUCCUUUAAACACAAGUAAAAGUGCUGUACAUUGAUAACCUGCAACUUGUCUCUAUGUAAAAAUAAGAGUCCAGUGAAUUGUAUAUAAUAAUUUGAUGUCAGUUUAGGUAACCAGUGAAAACUGAGUCAUUCUGUGAAAAAGAAAACGUUGACCAAAAUAUUCUCUAUGUGGUGACCUAGUUUUCUAGUGUAAAUCAACCAGAAUUUAGUCAUGUUAGGGGUUCUGGUAACCAAGGACGAUGUGCAAGUAAGGCCAUACCGUGAGCCAGCCAUUGGUCAUAAAAAUAUUUCUGUUCCAGAAAUUCUUUACAUUGUGUCUCAACAUCUCAUAAAGAUUCAUUCACGUAAAGAUUCAUUCACAUAAAGAUUUAUUCACGUGUUCUUAACAUCGGUCUUGAACUUCUAAAGGGCUCAAUAUCUGACGUUAAAAAAAAGAAAUUUAUAAGGGUGUGGGUACGAUAGUUUUCUCUCAGUCUCUCUCUCGGUCAGUAGUCUGAGAACAAGUGCUUUGAAUGACUGGGUUCACCACUGAUACAUGUACAUACCUGUAUGUCCUGUUGAGAAACUGAUUUCUGAAGGCAUGUUUCAAUGGAGGAGACAUUUUGAGAAAUGUUUGCAGGGUCAGUGUAAGGGGGUAUCAUGCAGGGUAUUGACUGGUUUUUGUGUUUGUUUUCCCGGAUGUCAAACAGUAUCACUCGUACCUGUUGUUGAUAUAACAGAAUUCGACUACUUAAUAAAUCAAUCUUUUGCACCAGAAAGGCCAUCUUUCAACUGCACAGGUGAUAACUGGUACGUUUUUUCCUGUAGUCGGUCGUCAAACAUGCUGAACAUGCUCAAAGUGUGGUACAGUACAUGGACCUCGAAAAGAGAGAACUAUGCCUAAGCCUCACAAAUGAAACUGAUCAGCAAAACGGCGAGUUAAUCACAUGGAUUGCUUGGAUUGGAUUGACAACAAAGUUUACCGAUCCUGGUGGGUCAACAUUUGUUGCAUGUGAACUGGGUGGAAUCUGUUGGAUUUGGUUUGGGUCAAAGUUCACUUUUAUGGGAUUGCCUUCAUUUAGUGGGCUUCACACUUCUUUGUGUUGCUGGGUUUUUCUGGAUUCAGCAAGAUCACAAUUUUUAGGGAUACUAUCGGAUGAAGCCAGCUGUACACUAUUGUGAGAAACUUGGUUUCAGCAAGCUGCAUGGUGUUAUAGGAUUUCUUGGGGUCAGCAUGUAGUGCAUAUUUGCAGGAUUCUGUUGUAUUCAGCAAGCUGCAUAUUUUUGGGAUUCUGUUGGAAUCAGCAAGCUAUACACUAUUGUGGGAGUCUGCUGGAUUCAGCAAGCUGCACUCUGUUGUGGGAUUCGUUGGAUUAAGCAAGUUGUACACUGUUGUGAGAUUCCGUUAAGGGAUUUCAUUUGAUUCCUACUCUUUGGAAGUUGUGGAUUCAGUUUUUCAGCAGGUGUCACUUGUCUUAUUCUUCAAGAUUCAGCUGGCUAAAUUUUGUAGGAUUUUGUUGGAUUCAGCUGUCUAUACUUUUUAAGAUUCAGUCUAACUUGUUAGGCUUCACAUGUUGGAUUCUUACAGUGUCAACAAGCUGAGAAUUCUAUUAGAUUCUGUUGGAUUCAGCUCAUUUUGUUCUGCUUGGAUUUUGUUUGAUCCAGUGAGUGUGACAGAUUCAGCAGGCUUGGGUGUUGGGUUCAGCAGGCUUUCGCUGUUACUCAGAUUCUGCUGGAUUUACAUGUUCCCCCGGUAACAGGCCGUACAUAUUACCAUUGUAAGAUUCUCUUGGAUUCGGUAAGCAUCACAUGUCAUCAAAUUCGGUUGCAUUCAGCAAGCUUUGCACAUGACUGCAGUUGGGUUUUUCUACAUGUUCUAGGAUAAAUCAGAGUGCAUCAAUAGAAGCUGUGUGGGUUUAGGUUACAUGCAGUUUAGCAGACCAAUGAUGAAUACGUGUAAAUCCAGAGAGGUUUCUGUAAUUAGUUUUAGUUCUGUCUUAGCUCCACACAAAAGUAGUACUUUCACCGUAGACUUAUUUCGCAAGGGAUGAAUCCUUUGCACAAAGUUGUAGCUUGCCCUGUGAGUGUAUACGCGUGCACAUGUACCGUACCUUGAUUGUUAACUGUAGACUUAGGCCUGUUGGUAAUUAUGAAUGUACAGUUAUGGAAGGGGGAAAAAAUCAAGUCUUUCACUGAUGAAAUUCUGUGCGGAUGGAGGGAGAUUGUGUCGGAUGUGGUCUGUCCUAUCGACUGAGAGUUGGCCACCUGUCAGAGCUCUCAUCAGUCUUUUCAUUUUUCAUUUGUUUGUUUAUUGUUUAUUGUUUUCUUUAUUGUCAUGAUUGUAGCAUUGAUUGAGAAGGACAGCACUGGUCAAAGUCAGUAUGAGAUCAGAACGUUUGGAGGCAAAGAUGGAGUCCACGACGUGGUGGUACAAAAUGAUUUCCAUGAUGAAAUACCCAUCCAUUCCAUUUCAAACUAGUAGAGUCACCUCCAUUGUCUCAGAGUAAGGGUUGUCUUGUUUGUUGCCAGUGCUUCUCAUCUGUGGUUGGUCGGCUCCAGUUCUAGCGUUUUCAAUAAGCCUCGGCUUUGCGCCUUCUGCAGAGUUGUGCAGAGGAAUCUUCCCUCCAUCACACAGAUUUCGGCAAUUGUAAAAAGAAAGGAAAAGAAGAAAGCCAGAAUAAUUUGACCUGUUAAAUGUCGUGAAUGUUUGUGUAUUGGAUGUUGUGGUUACUGUUCUGGUAUCGUCAAAAUUUACUCAUGGACGAUCGUGUACCUGAAUAUGCACACAGUUGACGAUCACAGAAAUGCAGUGUAAAUAAUGUGUGUUGUUGUACAAUCAGUGAAAUUUCAUUGCGGGGGCAUGUAGUCGUACGUGUACAUAUAAACUAGGAAAUGUGAAAAUACUAAGGAGAAUACAAAAUGGCGGUUUCUGUUGUGAUCUAUAUAUAUAUGAGUAUUUUUAUGCAAAUUGGCUUGCCAUGUACAAGUUUAACUGAGCACUUGUUUCUGCGGAUUCUCUGAUGCUAGCAUAUCAUAGAUCUAGACAGCACUGAAUUAUUCUGUGGAUCUCGGGGGGGGGGGAAUCAGGUUAAGCAAUAGCCUGUGCUGUGAGCAGUUUUUUACCAAAAUGUUAAAAUUGAAAGAAGCAAACAUGGGGAGGAAACAGGUCACAGAAAGUGUUCAAGCAUCAUGACCUUGGAUGAUUAAUUGCAACCACCUACAUUAGUACUACUUAAUUGGAUGAUAGCCAGCGCACAGGUGGUUUGUCUGAAAAGCGCUCGCCUCUCACCACUAUGAACAUCUGAUCCCUUUAAUUCCGAUCAAAGUCAGGCCAUUUUUGUGGUGAUACGGAUCCCUAGAGGAUGCUCCAAGGAUGUUUACCCAGGGCUUGUUGAACUUACUCUGCAAGGGAUUUGUCAGAGGUUUUUUUAAAGCUUCAUGUAAAUGUACACCACCAGCACAAGGGGAGUAUAGGUCACAGGCCUCUUCGUGGGUGUCUCGAUCAACAUCUAACAGCACCUGCUGUCAACAGUUGGUGAGGUAAUCAGAUUUUCAUUGAUAACCACACAAAGGAUGUUUCUAAGGGUAAUUUUGCUGGCUAACUAAUCUUUCUCCAUGUGCUGAAAUUACCUUGAAAAUGGUUCAUGGUAACCUAACGAUUUCUGAAGGGGUCAGCAUAUUCAUGUGUAGCUCUGGUUUUAUUCCCGGCCCAAGUUACCAGUAUAUGUAGGUGUUUGCUGAAUCUUUCCUUUGCCGUGAGGGGUUUUCCCCAGGUUUCCAGUUUCUUCCCUCCCACACAGAUCAACUCUUGCAAUCUUCUGGUUUUGUUCCUCGUUUAACUAUGGGUCCGUUGAUGGCUGCCUGAGACACCUUUACACGCCUUCAACUUGACCUAGGGGUGACAAGGUGCAAACAAUGGUUGGCAGAUUUUAGGAGGGGAACAGUUGUUUUACAAGAGGAUUUGGCAGCCAAGAGCUCAAGUCUGUAUUAUUUCUGGAGAAAACGUGGCACAAAACGUUCCUUCAGCGUACAUUUCCAUGAUUUUUCCUAUUACAAUGCCCCUGUUCCUGUGAUGCCUCUAGAAUUUUUCUAUUAGUUUAGCAUGUAUUACGUAGAACUGUGGGUGUAUUUAACCACUGUAAUGACAACACUGGUCUUUCUGCACAAUUCACUGAUUUUUUAGUUCUGUGAAUGUUUUGCAUUAAUACUUCUUUUUAUUUAAUGACCAAGAGAAGACAAAAUUGUACAAAGAAUUUGUUAAUGAUUUUUUAUCGCACACCGAUCUUGUUUUAUGGAAGCCUCCACAUUUAAUUUUAAGAGCUGUAUAAUAUCACGGCACAAAGUAGUUAUUUGAAAUAAGUUAUUGCAGGUACUGUUGCCUCAUUUAAUUACCGCUGCUGACGUUGAAUUGAUUUUUAAUUUUGAAAUAGCAACAUCGGUAAUGAUUAUUGUUGUGUGCCAUUGCAAUUCGUACGCAAAAGCAAUGAAAGUGGCAAAUAUGCAUAGGUGCAAUGUUCAUGUCUUUAAAGUACAUGUAAAACUCAAUUCUUGGGCAUGCAGUAAGGAUUACUUGUUACUUAUUGGAAUGUAACGAUAGUGUGUCCCGAGUUUUAACAAGUCCAAAUUUUAUUUUCUUACUGUAGCAUUAGCGAAUGUAUAGGCCAAUGGAUGUCAACCUGUACAUGUUUGUAUUUAUGUGCUGCUUGGAGUGGUAGAAGAUAGUCAGAAUUUCAGGCUGUAAUGAAAUAUGCUACUUCUAAGGACACGGACAAAGGAUUUUCAAGGUAACUUCUGUCCAAAGAGUACAAUGUUGCAAAGUUUGACUAAUCCUGAUUUUACCCGAAGCAGAAGAAAGGUUUCACAGGCAAGGUUUCCUAGAAAAAAAAAUAAAAUUAUGGCUGUCGAGGAUAGAAGUAGAUUCAAAAUGGUGAUGUUUUAAUUUGGGGCUACAAAGACAGGAGAAAUAUGACGAUCAACGAAAUAAAUUACAGUAUUAUAACUAUAUAGUGGAUUGAAAUGUAGAUGUGUUUGGGGCUCAUGUGAUCGUUUGUGGCCACAAUUAGUUGUUUGGUGAAACAAAAUGUCUUGCCAUGUUUGGUGCAAAUAUGAAAGCUGAGAAACCUUGUUUUUUAAUUCAUUGGUUUUGGAAACGAAUGCAGGUAUAAUGGAUAGGAAACAUUUCCCUGCAAUAUCAAAAACACUAACAUUUCUAGUAGAUGUAGAUUUCUGUGUCGUCUCUAGCUUAACGAUAAACAUAUCCCCAGGAUCACGUUAGAUAACCAACACAAAUUGAUUGUACUUUAGAGUUGGAAAUGGAAUCACUGCAUUUAGAGAACACGGUUUUGUGAUUGAUGAGUAGAUCAUGUGUGCAUUAUUAAACUUCUUGGUGACAAAUGUCGCUAUGUAGUCAGCUUUUGAUAAUAAUCACAGUGUAGUCCAGAGGAAUUUGAAAAUGUAGUAAGAGUUAAUUAUAGGUCUGAAUAACUUGAGGAAUCAGUCAUGGAACCCAAGUAAACUUUUAAAAAUAAAUAACUUUUGACCUACAAACAACGAAUUAUAUUUUUUAAGGUAUUGAAGAGAUUGUUGAAGCAAUUGUACAAAAGCAAAAAGAUCUGUGGAUUGAUAAUGCUUUUUUCCCCCUCUAUCCUCCAAAAUGUAUUAAAAAUGCUCACUUAAAGGGUGUACUACAUGUACAUGUACCCCACACAAACAAGGGUGUUCUUAGGGUGUUGAUUAUUAAACGUAACACUUCAAGUGACGGGGAAAACAAGCUUUUCAGUUUUUCUUCAGAGUUCUUGAUUUCACAAACAGGGUCUCGGAACAUUUCCAGCUGCAAGACCAAGUAAGGUUUUUGUUUUAUUGUUAACGUUUUUGCUAAAAAAAGGACUUGUUUUUCCUCAGCGAGGUGAUGUUCCUUAUCUCUGACAGCCUUGGUCUGGACAGUCUUUGAUAUUCUUGAAUUAAAACCUUGUUUAAGUUACAGCUUGAGGUAUUAUUUACCAUUUUGUAUUUCAUUUAAGCAAAAACCAAAGUAAGGUGUAUUAUUUUGUUGUUCACUGCCACUUUUGGGUGUUGGAAGUAUUGAUAUUGGUGAAUCAAUUAUUUUGUUUAUUUACAAUUGAAAUAAGGGUGCAGAUACGGUAGAAGCAUUAUUUGCAAAAAUGUAACAUAAAGUUAAUUAUUUUGAAUUGAUUUUUCUCCACACUUGACAAAUGAAUACCCAUAUCCAAGUACAAAACGUCAAGAUUCUGUGUAGCUUUCAACCAUGACGGGGGACAUUUUGAGGCCCCCCCCCGAAAAAAAUCUGUCAAAUCAAAUUCCAAAAAUCCUGAGGUUAACUGUACGUUUAUUUCAUUUAUGGUAAUUUCUUGGCACAAGCAAAUACAAACUGUUAUGGUCAGUGCACAGUAUGGCAAAAGGUUUCACAGUGUGUUGAAGUAUGAUUUGCAACGUGUACCAGUCUGUCAGCGACCAAAGGCAAAACCUGAUCGAGGCACAUACAUUUGUACACAACAAAGACGCUGAAGCCUGGUUCCCUACCUCGAUUGCAUACAGUUUCUAUACACAGUUGUGAAAAUGCACACAUGCACAAACGUCCAAAACGCUGAUGUUACCUUCCUAGUGUGGACUUUCUUUGAUUUUGUGUCGUUUAAAAAUACACUUGGUGAAAAUUCUUAGUUUUCUGGCACAGUGAACAUUCUUUGAAGCUGGCUUUUAUUUGAUGGCUUCAUUGACACCCCCUUCUCUAGGUAAAAUCCUAACCCCGAAAAUACUUUGCAAACCUAUUUUCCAGCAAGGGGGUGACCCUGUGUGGACCUGGCUUAGUCCACAAAAGGUCCGUAAGCCAGGUCCUCACGACCUGCCUUGCGUGGACUUCAUUUGUUCACAGAUGCAUACCUAGGUACGUAUAAGGUUGCCACAAAGUCCACACUCAAGUUGGCGUAGGACUCUUCUGACCAUGUACAUGUAUAAUGUAGGUACAUGUCUUUUUAGGCUAUUUCAAAAUGUAAUGACUAUGGCUAGAAACACCUGCUCCAUCUAUGAAAGCCACAAGCUUUCCAUAGACACACACAUGUAUUAGUCCUAGCCGCAGCCAGUUGAUUCUUUUACCCAAUCUCCAGAUCUGACCACAACAUGUUGAAACGUAGAGCCCCCGACAAAUUUCGCAGAGAAAGACAUCAGGCCCACCUUCCUGAGUACUAAUCACUUACAUGUAUAAAGUCUAUGUUAUGUGUGCUCUAAGAAUAAGUAGAAUUUUAUGCCAAAAAUAAAAUGCUAUGGGGCCAUGUACAUGAACACAAACUCAAUAAAAAGCAUGAGCUUACAUGUGUACAUGAA